UGAUGUCUUAUCCUGCCGAGGGAAUUGAAUCUGCCUAUCGAAACCAUGUUGAUGAUGUCAGGGGUCUGUUAGAUUCAAGACACCCUGGCCACUAUGCUGUUUAUAAUGUGUCUGGAAGAGCGUACUCUUCUGUAAAAUUCAAUGCCAAAGUUUCUGAAGCUGGAUGGCCACCAAAGAAAUCUCCUCCAUUGAGCACUUUAAUAUCAUUGUGUCGAAACAUGUAUCUAUAUCUAAAACAAGAUCCAAAAAAUACUUGUAUUGUUCAUUGCCUAGAUGGAAAAUCAUCAUCUGCAGUUCUUGUUUGUGCAUUUCUUAUAUUUUGUAAAUUAUUUAAAAAACCAGAAGAAGCACUUCAACUUUUCGCAUUAAGAAGAUGUGGGGUAACGAUGGUACCAUCUCAGUUCAGGUAUAUACAAUAUGUUGCUAAUAUUGUAUCCGACAAACCUGUCUAUCCUCAUACUAAUCCUGUUGCAAUUAACUCAAUAGUGAUGAAACCUGUCCCUCUUUUUACUAAAUUAAGAGAUGGAUGUAGACCUUUUGUUGAAAUUUAUGUUGGUGAGGAUCGAGUUUUUACAACCUCACAAGAGUAUGAAAGAAUAAGGCAUUUCAACAUGUCUGAUGGCCAAGUCAGUAUUCCGCUUAAAACUGCAGUGUUUGGUGAUAUUACAUUAAUAGUGUAUCAUGCUAGGUCAACAUUUGGAGGAAAAGUUCAAGGGAAGGUUACAGCAUAUAAAAUCUUACAGCUGCAGCUGAAUACUGGUUUCAUAGCUCCUGGAACUCAAUCUCUAACCUUCAGCAGGAGAGAAUUAGAUGGAAUUGAAGAGAUUGAUCGCUAUCCAGAAAAUUUCACAGUAACUUUAGGUGUGAACAUAUCUGAGAAAAAAUCUGAUAUUUUGCCAAUAUGGAAGGAAAUAUCUCAAAUGCACUUGAAUCCCCGGUUAUUAUUCAAUACUGAUGAAGAGCUGGAUACUUGUUUGUCUCAUUUUGGUCAACCUAAAUCCGAAUCUGAGUUUGCAUCAACUAUAAACUGGCAAGAAAAAGAGGCAUUUCUUGCCCCUGAUGGUUCGGAUAGUGAUAACUCGGCUAGUCCUACACCAACACCGACUAUUGCAGACGAUGUUCAGCCUCCAGUGCCUGAAAUGGAUCUUCUUAAUCUGAGCAACAAUUGUGCUCCGGCCCCUUCUACAAACCAAAAUGCUGAACCUGUAAACCUCUUGGAUAUAGAUAACGAUAUGAACAGUGCAACUAGCAAUUUUGACCUUUUAAUGAAUCCUCAAGCUGUUCCAGUUAUAGGAACGAACAACAAUGACUUGAGUUAUAGUAAUGGAUUUGGUGCGUUCUCAGAUGAUUUAACAGCUCCAAAUGUUGCUCCAAAAGCUGAUGAUCCUUUUUCUGUUUUACAAAAUGAUUCAAAAUUUCCAAGUAACCAGUCUAAUGCCAAUACCAAUGCAUCAGAUUUGUUUGAUUUUUUUGGACCAUCUAGUGGAUUUGACAAUCUGAAAACAAGUGCCAGUGCUAAUAGUACACCUCAGCAUAAACCUGGAAUACCAUCAAGUGCUUCUGCAUUUAAUAUGAGUGCAGCAGCCAGUCAAGAUUCUUCAUUACUAGGCAGUUGGGACUCAGUUUAUCAACCGGGAGUUUCAGCAAAUCCUCCGCCAACAGCAGCAUCUAACAUUGCUGGGAAUCAAAACUUCUUAGGACAGCGACUUACGGCUGGUGGAAUUCCACGAAAUGCAUCAACUCCAAAUUUAGAAGCUCUGGCCAAAUCAGAUCCAUUUGCUGAUUUAGGUUCAUUAGGAAAAAUGAAAUUUGGAGGCGAAAAGCUGCAGCCUCAAGCAGAAAGUCCUCCAUCUAAUCCUACUGGUGAUCAGUUUUUAGAUUCUAGUCCUCAACAUUUUCCACGCCCCCAGUCUUAUGGGGGAACUGCAAAUUCAACAUUCCCAUCACAAGCACCUGGAGCUCCACCUUCAAAGCCCGAUUACAAUCGGCAACAUUUCAGCGUGUUCGGAGAGCGAGAUGGGGCCAAGAAAGGCGGUGCUCCCAAGCCAAAACUGGGUGAUGAUGAAUUUCAAGACCUUAUAGGCGGCAUAGGUGGUAAUUUUGCUAGUUUUACAAAAAAGAGUGAUGGUCCCAGAACAAUUGCAGAAAUGAGGAGAGAAGAACUUGCCAAAGAGUUGGAUCCUGAACGCUUAAAAAUCAUGGAUUGGACAAGUCACAAAGAAAGAAACAUUAGAGCUCUUCUAUGUUCCUUGCACACAAUGUUAUGGGAAGGCACUAGAUGGUCAGAAUGUGGUAUGCAUCAGUUAGUAACCCCUGCUGAUGUGAAGAAGAUGUACAGAAAAGCUUGUUUAGCUGUGCAUCCGGACAAGCAAGUUGGAACUGAAAAUGAAAAUUUAGCAAAAUUAAUAUUUAUGGAACUGAACGAUGCAUGGAGUGAAUUUGAAAAACAAAACAAUCUUGCCUAGUCACUUAAAAGAUUACGUGAUGAAAUAGUUGGCAGUAUGGUAUUUGCCAAUAACAGAAUAGUUAUUUGUGUGCACAGUGCAUGUACUUUCCGACUAUUCUGAAAUUCCAUGUAAAAAUAACUUUGGUUUGUAAAUAGUUCUAAUACAAAAAUUGUAGAAUUGAUGUAAGAUAUGUAUCAAAUUUGGUUCAACUAAAAGACACCUUGUGUGGCCUUAUUUAUGGUGCAAGAAUGUAAGAUUAUUAUGAGGACCUUAUAGAUUGUAAAAUUGUUAUAUAAAAUGAGAUUUGGCUUUAUAUAAGUUGAUUUUCCCUUGAGAAUUAUCUGUUUCAAUUGAACUGAAAUAUAGAAAUACUAUGCAUAAUAUGGUUCUCAUAAUAACUCUGGUAUUUCAUAAUAGAGCUAUAUUUUUCAAAUAUCAAAAGUGACUAUCAGGUUAUUGUUUCCAGAUAAUUUCAUCUGCGUUUCAUUUCAGAUUCAUAGAUUGUCUUUCACUUCUGAAUGUUUGUUACUGUCUGUUUUUAAAAUCCAUUUAAAGCUGUAAUCCAAAUUUUGACAUACUGUUCAUCUGUUUGUAUAUUUAUCAAAAUGACUCGGUUGAGACUUGUAUAUAUUAAGAGAUUAUUUUUUUUUUACUUUGCGUUCAAUUAAAUUCUUUAAAAAUUAAGAUUACAUUUGUUCUGUUGAAGUUGUAAAUUUUAAUCUAAAUGUUUAAUAUAUGGAGCUAAUAACUUUGCUCAAGUGUUUAAUUUUUUUGUUCUGUGCAUGUUAUUUUUAAGGUUUAAGUAACCCUUUAAGGACUAUGUCCCAUAAAAUUGAGUUUAUUUCAUAAAAUCUUCACCUCAUAGCCAGACUAACGUAAAUCGCACUAUAACGACUUUGUAGGGGUGCAUAAAAAUAUUGGUGCAUAGAAAGGUUGGUACCCAUACUCUUAUAACACUGGUAACGUAAUGUAAAGGAAUUGUUUAAAUAGAAUUACCCUAUGACACCCUAAUUUUGUAAUUCCAAAAUCCAGAAGAUCCAAAAUCCGGAACUUUUUCCUUUAAAAAAAUCUGAAUUAUUAUUUAUUAUAUAUAUAUUUUUCAGUUUUAAAGCUUAAGAUUAGUUAGGUUUGGCAAUUACUUGUUGAAAACACAGUACUUUCAAUUAAGCUUUUUUAAAACGUUUUUCGAUGGCACGUGCUAUGCAUAAAUAAGUGUUUUGCUGCAAUUAUGUAGCAAUCUUUUAACAUCCACUUUCGAUAAACAAUAAUUCCUUUUUUUUCUUCUCAUGCGUAUGCAAGGGUGCCCUCCCCCCUAAGAGCUAGGGCGUACCCCUCCCAAAAAAUUGCAAACACCCCCCAAAGCAAGAGCCUCCCCAAAAGAAAAAUACCCUUAUCCCCCCCCUUUCAAAAUUUCAAUGGCGUAUUCUGCACCAUGACCCCCCCUAGAUGAGCACCUCUCUAAGUAUGCAAUACAAAGCCUAUUCAACAAAAGUACAAAAUUAUUUGUAAAAAUGAUUUUUUAUUGUAUCAAUUGGUACAUUGCAUAAUAAUAAAAAGCAGCAUCGGCAGACUAUACCCCACUGCAAAUUAUCACCACCUUUUUUUAGCAUAAUGAAGUACACUUUCAUUCAGAUCGAUCAAAAAAUUAAGGAAAUUUAGUGCGAACAUUUGCAAAACCAGGAAACCGUCAUGAAUACAAGAGAGUUUUUCCUAUUUUUUGGCUCUGAAUACGUAAUCCGGAAAAAUUUCGAUAUCCAGAAAGGUGGUGGUCCCGAGCAUUCUGAAUUUGAGGUCUCAUAUUAUACCUUAUGGCUCAAUACAGAAUACGAUUCUACGUACAAUGCAGUCAUAAAAUAAAAAUCAGUUUUUGAGCUUACGUUAGUCUGACCCUUAGUUGCAGAAUUAUCCAAUACAAAAAUUUACAAAUUAACAUAUUUUAAAAAUAUUACACAGACACCACAAUUUUAAUUUUAGCAAAACAAAAAAGUUAUUGUGAAAUAAAAAUUCUAUAAUUUUGUUUUGAAAACACAGAAACUUCAGUAUUCUACUUCUGAGCUUAUGGUUUUUAAAGGGUUAAAUGUUGAUUUAUAAAAUUGCUUUAAAGCUUGUUGUUAAUGCUCAUUUGUUUUGUUAAGAUGGAUAGAGUGCCAAAGAAUUGCAUUUGUAUUAUGUGUCGUAAAAGUUGAUGUAUCAAAUAUUUAAAAAACUAUUAGUUUAAAAAUUGUUUUACAUUUUAUUUCCAAAUUUCCAUUUUUAAUAAUAUAUUAAUAACAGUUUGAGGAAGGGAUCUCAUAUUCAUUUUAUAAUGUAACCUAAAUUUGCAAUAAGUUUUUGUUUUUAUUAUGUAAAUAUUUAUGUUUUGUACUUAAAAACUUUUCUGUCUGCAUCAAGCAGAUCUCCGUUCCAACUAUGUAUUCAUUUUUAAAUUUAUCAUUUUGAGCUCAGAAUUAUUUAAUUCGUCUUGCCGUCCGUUGAAUAAAGGAUAUUAUUUUCAUAAUUUCUUCAUUUGUGUAUGUAAAUAAAUAACUUUGCAUUUUAAACUAGUUUGUUAAAUGUAACUAAGUGUUUUUAAAGCAAGUGCUUUUUUUUUUUUUAAUUUUAAGCAUUUUUCAGCAACAAUUAUUUUUUUUAAGGUUUAGUUUGAAGAAUUAUUUUUUAUUUUGAAUAUAAACUUAAUUAAAAACUUUUGUGCAUUCUGUUUUUAUAGAAAUGGUAAAAAUGAUUUAAUCAUUUAUGUAAUUAUUAUAUUGAUCAUAGUUAUGGCAAUUGCAUUUCUUUUUGCUGUAAACUAUAAAAACAUUUUAUUGUGACAUGCAACCAAGUUAAGAAGAACUAUUGAUAUGAAACAAACUCCCAUCGGUCACAAAUAAUCUUUAACUUACAGUUCUGAUGUACGUGAAAGAUGUGAGUGCUUUAAGUUUAGGAACACUAUUGCUAUCAACUCUCAAUAACUCGAAGUCCCAAAGGCUAAAACUUUUAAGUGAUUUAGGGGAAGAUCUUACAGCUUCUCAAGAGUUUGGAACACAAUGGAAACUUCCAAAUAAAAAAAUAUUUGAUUUAUUGAGGUUCGACUGCAUAUAAAAUGCAGUUGUUUAGUUACAUGCUUAUGUCUAUUAGAUUAAAUUUUUGUAAGUUUAAUAAAAUAAUAUUUUCUUUAUUAACAUUAAUUACUGUACUUACCUUCUCUCUUUUAGAAUCACAAAAUUCUAAGCACUUGUACAUAGAGGAGAAUUAGCUGCAGCAUCAUUUUUAAGCUCAUGAAUCUUAGAUUCAAAAACAUUCGGUUAUUUUAGUUGAAGUAGAAGCACUUUUAACUGUGCAAGUUUUUAAAAGAACUUCACUCGCAGCAAAAACUUACAAAAUGAUGAAAACAUUGUUUUUUUGUUUCAAAAGAUCAAUGUGUGAGGUCAUUAAUCUAGUGUGAUUUAUAAUGACAAAAUUCUCCAACAUUUUUGUGGUCUGUUUUAUGUUUGACUACCUAAAUUGUUUUUGUUCAAUAAUUUCUCUUUUAGGAAUAUUGCUUGAAUUAAUGUUAACAAAAAUUAAAUGAAGUACUUUGAAAAAAUUGUAGCAAGUGUAUUGAAAUUCUUUCUGGCACUAGAAAAAAUAAAUCAUGUUUCUUUGUAAUGAUUGAUGCCAACAUUAUUGUCUGGUUAAGUUGGCAGUUUCAGAGAAAGUAAUAAGUUAAUAAUUAUUAUUGUAAAUAAAAAGUAAAAUUCUUAAAAUAAAUAAAUAAAUAAUUCAAAAUAAAAUAAAUUAAUAAAUAAAUGAAUAAAUAAAUAAAUGAAAUUAAAAAAAAAAAAACAAUUAUUGCAGAAAUUUCCAUUAAAUUUAUUUUUAAAACUUGAUUCUGUUUUACAGUAUUAAAUUUUAGAAUAGGAUUGAAAACUGUUGUUGAAUUCUAAAAUAAUGCAGAAAUGUAAAAUCUGUUUUAAUUCUCUUUGUAUGGUGAUUUGUUUUUCUUUGGCAAGGCCUAGCUUUUUCUACUUACGUAAGCACCUUACACAUGUUCUGGAUAUUCCUUAAUAAAUCUAUGCUGUGUAAUGUUUACUCACUUCAUGAUACCUUUGUUGUAAUUAAGAAUUACAAAAAUGAACAACCCCGUUUUGUAUUAAUGCUCAAUACUGAUUAAUUCUAUUUUGUGAUGUUUCAUAAUUUAUUCAAGCAGUUUUAAUCAUCCUAUCUUCUUUUUUUUUUUUUGGUUGAUGCGUAUAAUUUUUGUGUUUGUGUGUUUAAUUAGAACGUAUGUUAUCUAAAGAAUUGAUAGAGCAAGGUGGAUUACAGUUCCUUCAUCCGAUAUAUUCUUUGUACAUAAAAAAUUAUAUUUUAUCAUUCCUAUACUGAAGUACAUUCCAUUUUCAUUCUGAAUGUGUAAUAUUUUCUUUUUACUUUAAUUUCAAGUUGUGCUCUACCAUAGCAAUAAUGUUUCAAAAUAUCCUAUUCAAAACUUAUCAAUAGAUUGCAGUGUAUAUUUAAUGUCAGAUAUUGCUAUUAUUUCUAGAUGUUCACAGUUUUGAUGUUGAAGAAAAUACAAUUUUAAAUCCUAUCUUUGGUUAAAAUGUAGUAACUUACUUUCAAAUCGAACCUAUGUGUAAUGAUGUAUCAUAUGGAAUUGAUUCAAUCUCUGUAUAUAAGAUGUGUCUACAGCUCUUGUGCUCGAUGUAGAGAAUAAAAAUGUUAUGUAAAUUA